CUCGAGCAGAGCAGCCCGGGCGCCGCCGGCAAGGGAGCCGCCCCCUCGGCGGAGGGCCGCCGCCUGCUGGAGCUGCUGCGGGCCGGUGAGCUCGAGGCCGCGGACGAGCUGAUCGAGCUGCACGGGCCCGGCAUCCUGGGGGCCCGCGACGAGUGGGGCUACACGGCCGGCCACUGGGCCGCCCUCGACGGCGACCUCGAGCUGAGCCGCUUCCUGCUGGAGCGGGGCGCGCCCCUGGACCUGCCCUGCCUGGGCACGCAGGGCCCGCGGCCCAUCCACUGGGCCUGCCGCAAGGGCCACAGCGCCGUGGUGCAGCUGCUGCUGCGCCGGGCCCACGUGGCCGUGGACGCGGCCGACUUCAAGGGCCUGACGCCGCUCAUGACGGCCUGCAUGUUCGGCCGGGCGGCCACGGCGGCGCUGCUGCUGGGCUCGGGCGCGGGCCCGCUGCUGGCCGACGUGAACGGCGACACGGCCCUCCACUGGGCGGCCUACAAGGGCCACGCCGACCUGAUCCGGCUGCUGCUCUGCUGCAGCGGCGUCGAGGCCCGCCAGGCGGACCACUUCGGCUCGAGCCCGCUGCACCUGGCCUGCCUGGCCGGCCACACGGCCUGCGUGCGGCUGCUCUGCGACAAGGCCGACGUGGAGCUGGAGCCGCGCGACCGCAACGGCAAGACGCCCCUGCAGCUGGCCCAGGCGCACCGCCACCUCGACAUCGUGCGGCUGCUGCAGGCCGAGCAGAGGCGUCGGGCGCGCUGCCUGCCCCCGGUGCUCCAGCGCCUCUGGGCCCUGCUGUUCGGGGGCGCGGGCCGCAGCAAGGGGCCCCUCCUCCUCUUCGUCGGCUCGGUCCUGCUCUGGGGCUACCCCAUGUACCUCUACAAGUGCGUCCCCAUGACCUGGGACCUGCUCAGGGCCAGCCACUACUGCUUCAUCUACUGGAACGUGCUCAUGUGGCUGUCCUGGCUGGUGGCCAAUCGCCGCGACCCCGGUUACUUGCCGCGCAACAGCGACGCUUACUACCGGGCCAUCAAGCAGAUACCCUACUACGACAAGUGGAAGAAGCGCAACCUCGUGCUGGCUCGGCUCUGCCACAGCUGCAAGUGCUUUCGACCGCUGCGCGCCAAGCACUGCCGGAUCUGCAACCGAUGCGUCGCCUACUUCGAUCACCAUUGUCCCUUCAUCUACAAUUGCGUGGGCCUGCGUAAUCGCAUGUGGUUUUUCCUCUUCGUGCUCUGCAUCGCCAUCAACUGCUCCUUCACCAUAUACUUCGCCUGCUACUGCAUCGCCAUCGAGGGUCUUCACCUGCUCUACGUGCUGGGCCUCUUCGAGGCGCUCGUUUUCUGCGCACUCGGCUGGAUUCUCACCUGCACUUCGGUUCUUCACGCCUGCAUGAACCUCACCACCAACGAGAUGUUCAACUAUAAACGAUACUCGUACCUGCGCGACAAGCGAGGCAAGUAUUGGAAUCCUUUUAGCAGAGGACCCCUCUUGAACUUCGUCGAGUUUUUCGCCUGUCCUUCGGACCUUUUCGGCAGCGAUCCGCAACAUUACCAGCUUUUUCAAGACGAUAAUAUAAUGUGACAACAAUAUUACUGCCUCAUUGUUUCAUCUGCUGCUCUUCUUAUCGUGCACGCUGCUUGAUAUAUUGUUCAUCGACUUUUUACAAUCAAACAAACAACAUUUCUACUACUCGGCACAUUGUACAAUUUUACAACAUCUGUAUACAAAUUUAUCUUUCGGCAAUAAUUCAUAUUUUUUUCUUGUCUUUCAUCGCUACCUAAACAAACAUUGCCGUUGUUAAACCAAUGCUGGCAAAUAGCAAGCAAAUAAAUAAAUACUUUUUUUGCUACUGUAAA